AGAGGAGGGAAUCAAAAGAAUUUGGUUCACCUCUUCUUCUCUAUUUCUCUUUCAUCUGGAUUCGUUGCUCUACUUUGCACACUUUUGAUUGAUUGAUUGAUUGAUUGCCUUGAAAUUAAGUAUUUGAAUCUUCUUCUUCUCGGUAUUUGCAGAAAACAGAACCCUAAAUAUCAUGGUGGAUAUUGAGUUUUGAAGAAAGAGAAGGAAGUAUGUCUUUGAGAAUAAAAAGUGUGGUUGAUAAGUUUGUGAAAGAACUACAAGAAGCACUAGAUGCAGAUAUAAAAGAUAGAGUUAUGAAAGAAAGAGAGAUGCAAAGUUAUAUAGAAGAAAGAGAGAGAGAAGUUGCUGAAAGAGAAGCUGCUUGGAAAGCUGAAUUAUCUCGUCGUGAGGCUGAGAUUGCCCGACAAGAGGCAAGACUGAAAAUGGAAAAGGAAAACCUAGAGAAAGAGAAGAGUGUACUAAUGGGCACUGCAUCAAAUCAAGAUAACCAGGAUGGAGCUCUAGAAAUCACAGUCAGUGGUGAGAAGUACCGCUGCCUCAGGUUCGCUAAGGCAAAGAAAUGAGGAGUUGGCUCAAAUAACAUGCAACGACAAAAGAGUGGAACUUCAAAUCUCUCAUAGAAGUAUUAUAUUAUUAGCUUGUUUAAUAACUACAGGAUGCUAUGGAUAUUAGGGAAGAUAAAAGAUUCAAAGAAGUUUAGUUUAUAGACAGUGUCAUUUCAUUAUUUGUUGGAUCUUUAAAAUAAAAAUGUAUGUAGUUUGUUCUGUUACUAUUUAUAGGUUGAUGGAUGUGAGAAGACAAUUUCGCUACUGUGAAACGGUACAACCAAAGAACAUAUUUUUCCC